AUGAGCUGCGAAGACUUCGCAGCUCGGUUUUUGUAUCGAUGGGGAAAGCGCAUGGCAGACCGCAAGCAUGCCGAGGCGGAGGCAUUGAGGAAGGAGCUUAUGGAAUACGUCAAGUUCAUCGUGAAGAUCCUGCCCGAUGAGUGGCGUGCGAGAGUGAAACCUGAAAUUCUCCAGCGACUGGCUUCCAAGCAUGGCCCCGUCGGCGAGGCUGGAAGCGAUUCGGAAGCAUCCAUGACCUACGGCCCUUACGGAAAAGAGGAUCUACAUCGCCUUGCGGCACACCACUCUCAGCCCCUCUUUCGUGAACUUCGUGACCAUAUGGGCCGCAACAAGCCACAAUGGGGAAAAGAACGCGAUGCAUACUAUGGGCGCUCGGAGCAUGGAUGGUCGGAGCAUGGAUGGCCCCCUUCCCACGGCAAGGGCAAGGAGAAAGGCAAGGACAAGGGCAAGGACAAACGACAGCCCUCCUACACCUGGCAGACCGAGACGGCGGAUUUCCCGACCUACGACAUGAUGGAGACCAGCCGGACACGUGGACAGCCGUCCCGUCCUGCCGAGGCGGAAGCGGCGAACCGGGUGACUACAGGUGGAGCCAUCAAGGUCGUCCAGAAGAUCGUCAACGGUGUCCGUCGGAACGAGACCCGGCUUCGCAAGAUGGACGAGGAGGCCGAAGAAGCUGCGGCCAAAUGGAAAGCCUUUCAGGAAAAACUGAAGAAAUCGUUCAUUACGGAACGUGCCCGCUAUAUGGCCAGCAAGGAGCAGUUUGCCAAGGUGAAAGCCGAGGUCCAGGAGAUGCUCGCACAGAACCUGCAGGACCUUCAGGACUUCCUGGUGAACCCGGACCAGUACCAGGCGAAGAUGGAGGUCGACGACACCCCCACCGAGGCCCUGGCGGCGUGGGAGGCAUUGAUGACAGAGCCCGCGGAGACCGAAGCGGACGGAAUCUCGGGCCUCCUCAAGGGUCCAUGGACGAUCCAAGGCCGAACCUGGCGAGGUGACAACCCCGCCCCGCAGGACUGGCCAAGCCCUUCCGCUGACUCCACCCGCAGUGACCAGAUCUGCCCGGCACCGAUGACACCGACGGAUGGCGAGGUUGCGAGAACCCUGGAAGGAGCCAUGCAGGGAGAUCCCUACAUGACGUCACCGUCAUUGGCAGGGGCUAUGCCGAGUGUGCCAGAGACCCGCAGGUCCAGGCCCCGCAGCACCGCCCCUCGGACAGCAAUCAAGUCGGUGGGCAAGGAUCCUGGCCCGGCCAAUACCGGUGGUGCCAGCCUUGCCGAGAAGCUGGACCGCAAGCGACAGCAGGCCGCCGAUGCCAUCUCGAUCGAGGAAGACGAGGAAGAGGACUUGAUCGGAGACUUGUCCAGGGCCACUGCCGGGGCCGAGGAGCUUUUUCGGCAUGUCCUGCAGCGUGGCAGCUUUUUCGGCUUGUCUGCCUACGCACUUCGAGCACAGUUUGAGCUGGGAACUCCCGGCCCCCCGAAGAGCAAUACCGGGGUGGGCUGGCGACGCCCUACAGUUUUGGAUGGAGCACUAUGGCCCUCCGCCGCGGUGCCGAAUGGUCUUCGGACUGUUGGCACGGACUUUGACCUCGGCUGCAGGCUUCCCAGCCUGCUUCAUCAAGAUCUGCGACGUGGUCACACAUAUGAUGGGGCCUUCGAACAGGUUGCAGACCCCCGACCUCUUCUUACAUGGCACGGCCCCUCGGGAGGCCACGACCAUUUCAGGCUGGAACACCACGACAUCUAUGACUUCCUCGAUGUCACCGACUACGCCUACGGUCGCAUGGCAUGGUGGGCGAGCACCAUGUUGGAGGUAUGGGCUGACACAGCCCAAGCUAUUGGCAACACCUUGCGACUGAUUUGGCUCCUGAGUUCUGGGGCUCUUCUUUGGGCGCAAGCAAAUCGCCGCCGGCCGCUUGUCAAAGACCUACGACGGCGACCUCACUCUCUCCCUCUUCGAGUGCUCGCGGCCACCAUACUACCUCAUGGAGUGCAUGCAGCCCCUUACCCUCGACAGCUGCAACAGACUUACAGCCCGGAUUGGCGGCGACCCACGGACUUGGAACUCUGGGCAGCUGGGCAACUCACCGGGAGGGAGCAGUUGCUCAAUCCUGCUGCCAGACUUGCCUAUGAGACGCCGGUGUGCAGUGGCGGACUCCUCCCUGGACACGUCUACCCGGACGGACCGCCGAUGGCCCAACCCAUGCCACCUGAGCAGUUCGACGAUGUGGAUCUCCCCUUAGAGCACGACCACGAGAUCCAGGCCGGCGAGAUCCGAGCAGAGCAUAUUUCCUUUUGGGUCGGAUCCCCAGGAUGGGAGCCUGAGUCGCUCGAUGUUGCCCUCUCCUUCCCUGUCAACGACCACAGGGUGAGGGAGAUUGUGCAGGACAGUGUCAGGCACUUGAGUCACCCCUGGCUCAAUGAUAUCUUCGAGUUGACACCGCAGCUCCACCACGACUACGGCAGCUUUGUGCUAGUCCCUGAGUGGGUGAGGCAUUCAGCCAAGCGAGUUGUUGUCAUUGACGGCCAACGGUUUGACAAGGGGGUGCAGGCCUUCUACUUUUCCGGCCCUGUCACCCGGUUCCUCGUCCUCUCUAAGAUCGGCAUUGAUCCGGAUGCGGCUGCUGAGGUCUAUGUGGGAGGAGCUGCAAUCCCUUUGGCGCACCAUGCCAGCAAAGAAGUUGACAAUGGAUGUUUGGUGCAAGUCCUUCAAACGGGUGAUCAAGUUGGCUGGGCAGGAGACCUCCGAGAUCGAUUCCAGGACCCGACCAUGUGGCGACCAGCCACACAGCACCCUGCCUUCUGCCGUGACCGCUUCGUUGAGUUCCAAUCUGGCACACACCAGUACACCCACCGGCUUCGCCGUGAAGAUCGGAGUACACCAACUGAAAUUGCCGGCGAAGCUUUUGAGCUGGAGCCCGACGCCUUCUGGCUGCGUGCUCCUACCAACAGGCCUACAGGGAUGUUCAAGGCCAACAGACGGAUACACUCUGUCGUGGCGGUUGUUCAGGACCAAUACUUCAACCGGGAUCGAGCAAGUAUCAUUACGCUCGACCUGCGCCCUAUUGGUCAAUGGGUGCAAUGGGUUGCUGUGGAGAGUGAGUUAUUCUAUGCCGGCGAUUACAUUGCUGCCCUCCAGCUGCCUGUUGUUGACGGCUUCUCGGUUGUCAUUCAUGGUGGCACGAAGACUCGCACCCCAGGUGCCCAACGGGUCAAUGACGGCGAUGUCCUGGAGGUCACCCUCACAAGAUCAGACGACAUUACACCGUCUGAGUCUUCCGAUGGCGACAACGACAGUGAUGCGGGCGGCGACGAUGAGAGCGACGAGGAGGGCCAGUCAACCGCAGCAGAUCUCCGCGCCGACACAACGAUGAAGUCGGAUCGCCUGCUGAAAAGGGUGCUCCCUCCAGCGAGUUUCGAUAUCAGUGCACGGACCGUCGCUCUCCCCCAUACCGUUGAUGACGUAAAGUGCCUGCUGCGGCCAUGGCCGCCGGAUUGGAUGCAGGAAGUCUGCUUACCGACCCUGCCACCGACUACGGAGCGGGCAAUGGCACAAAUGUGCCACUGGGCGGACAUCAUUGGCAGUACCGUCGUGGCCAAAUGCCCGGAAAUCCACCUCUAUGUUGAUGGAUCAUGGACUCAGCAAUUGCAGGUUGGAGGCUAUGCAGUCGCUAUAUUCUUGGUCACCACAGGAUCCAUGGCGCUCUUUGGGCUCCUAGGGGAACCCACCCAGGGCAAUCCAGACACGCCCUGGCAACAUGAAGAUGCACCAGCUCUGCGCAACGAACAAACCGCGAUGAUGGCCGCGGUCUUGUGGUGCCUACAGAGCCGCUCCUUCAUCUCACCUGCUGCCUAUCACUUGUUCUAUGACUGUGCUGCGGCGGGCAAAGCAGCUACUGGUGAAUGGGAUGCCAGCGAUGACUUUGGCCUUCGGUUACGACAUGUCACACGGCUCCUGCAAGAUCUUUCUGGUGUGCCUGUGUACGUGAAGCACGUUAAGGCCCACGACGAGCACCCGCUGAACGAGCUCGUUGACACACUGGCCAAGGAGGUCUCCAAAGGCCAUGUUGCCCUCUCGAAGCCACCGCGAUGCCUAUGUGAGAUGGUCCAGUCGACUGACCUCUCUUGGCUCCCUGUGGUGGCGCAACAAAUCUCUGGAGAUGCCUACCCCAUACAAGCCGGCUGCCAACUUCAAUGGGAUGAAACGAUUGAGUAUGGGCGAUCGACCUUGACAAGCUCCCAGCUAAUCCCUGCCACCGGAGAAGGUCGACAUUGCCAUGAACCUACUCGUAUCGGAAUACAGGCCAAGUUUUUCAGCCUGAAUGCCCAAACCCUUUCGGGACGCUACAAGUACUACGAGGAGCAGCUCAUGACCGAGAAGGUCCAGAUCGCGUGCUUCCAGGAGACCCGCGGUGCCGAAGGAGCUACAGAGUCCAAAAACUUCUUGAGACUUGCAAGCGACUCCAAGUCCCACUGGGGUGAGGCAGACAUACGUGUUGUGACACAGACUCCCAGGCUGAUGAUCCUCUCCAUCGAUAUUGGCGGUCCCAGAGUGGUCGUUGUUGCUGGACACUGCCCCGAUGCCUCCAAGGGCGAUGCCGCCCGGGAAUUCCUGGCCACAUUUGGUGACGCAAUGAAGCCACUACGCAGGUCCUGCUUGAUCCUCUGCGGCUUUGACUUGAAUGGCCGCCUGCCGACUGGACAGGAGGGCCAUACGGGCGAUCUCGAGUUUGGAACGCCAGAUUGGAAUGGCGAACUGAUGGUGCGGACUGCCCGGACCCUUGACCUUUGGUUCCCUUCCACGUACGCCGCACUGCACCCUGGACCUUCUGCGACGUUCACGCAUGCCCAAGGCACACGCCACCGCAUUGACUACGCGAUCAUUGGAGGGAUCGCGGAAAUCGGUGCCGUCCGAAGUUCCGUUGCUACCGACUUCGACACCCUGAAUAUGAAUGACGAUCAUCAACCGGUCCUGAUCGAGCUGCAGGGCACCAUCACAACAGCUAUCGGACGGGAGCAAAUCUGGCGCCCGCGCUUUGACACUGAGAAAAUGCUGACCCCAGAAGGUAAGGCGACCAUUGCGCAGGCCCUCACAGAGUUCGAGUCACCACAAUGGGGGUGCCACCCAGAUCAGCAUUGUCAAUCCCUGCAGGACUUCCUUCUGGGCGUUAUGGAGAGAAAUUUCAAGUGCGAUGACCGAGGUCCCCGCACCAGCUACAUCGCGCCUGACAUCUGGGCCCUUCGGGAGGCGAAGCUCGCACUCAAAACCCGAGCCCGGCAUCGAGCGAGCCUGUGGAGCUCUCUGCUCAGCCGUGCCUUCCGGCAAUGGGGAGCUGGGGAGGAGUACGGCGUGAUCCCAUUGGUCGCCAAACAGGGCAUGAUCUACGAGAUCAUCGCUGCGGCUGUCAACUACGCGACCCUGAGGAUCAAGAAGGGCAUCCGCCAAGGCAAAAAUGCUUUCCUGGACAGAGUCGCCAAAGGAGGCGCGGCAAAAGCGUCGGAGAUUCUCAGUACUGUUAAGCGUGUCGGUAUAGGCGGAAGGCAAGCCAAGACCUACAACCGCCCCCCUCCAAAGCUGUUGGCGCCUGAUGGCACGAUUGCGGCCUCUCGGGCGGCGCGUGAUGAGAUCUGGCUGGACCAGUUCAGCCGCCAGGAGUGUGGCGAGAUUGUUGACACCGCGAAGUAUCUCGGUCGCCCCUGGAAACCGGUGAUCGUCGAUAUGCAGUUUGACUGGAACCUGGAGGAGAUCCCGUCCUUCUUUGAAGUAGAGACUGCCUUUCGGCAUGCCCCGAUGCGGAAGUCAUGCGGACUUGACCAUCUACCAGGCGAACUACUACGCGCCGACCCGGCAGGCAUGGCCAAAGCAGCGUUCCCACUCUUCUUGAAAGCUACGCUGUCGUUGAGACAGCCAGCGCAGUGGCGCGGCGGCCUCUUAAGGGAGGCGUGGAAAAAGAAGGGUCCGAUACAAGACCCUGCCAGCUAUCGAUCCUUAUUUGUGUCGUCCAUGCUGGGCAAGACGUACCACAAGGUCCUACGAGCCCGCGCCACCCAGUACACCGCCGACAUGCUGCUAGGAUUUCAGAUGGGCACGCGCAAGCAAGCGCCGGUGACUCUGCCCAGCCUUUACAUACAGGCACAUCUGCGAAGAGGAGUACGUGAACGACUGUCUACAGCAGUACUCUUCUUGGAUGUGCAGUCGGCGUAUUAUACGGUCAUCCGGGAUAUGUCGGUUGGUCCCAUCGAGAGCCCGGAAGUAGUGGCCAAGCUUUUUCAGUACUUUAGCCUUGACCAAGCGGAUCUUGCCGAGUUCUGGGGUGACAUCCAACAGGGCGGAGUUAUGGGCCAAUCAACGAUGCCGCCGUCGCUCCGGCAUUUGGCCAAAGACACUAUGCACCAAUCCUGGUUCGUCACGGGCUACGGCACUUCUAGCCGGGUCUGUGUCACCCAAGCCGCAUCCCGCCCCGGCGAGGCAUGGGCUGAUCUUGUGUUCGCUUUUGUGCUGGGGAAGAUCCUAUGCAGGAUCCGAGAAGCUGCAGCUGGCGAAGACCUCUUACAGGUGCUCCACCAUGAUGGAGAAUGUGGGCCUUAUGCCAAACCGGGAGAUGGCGAAGAGGUCCAAGCACUCGAAUGUGCUUGGGCUGACGAUGCAGCCUUCCCUACGGCUGACAGAGCACCCGAGAAGCUCCUGGCCAAGGCCUCUCGCCUUUGCUCUGUUGUCCUGCAUGAAUGUGCCCGACACGGCCUCCAGCCCAACCUUCGACCGGGCAAGACGGCCCUCCUUUUGGUGCUUCGCGGGCCGGGCUCCCGUAAAGCACGACAGAAAUGGUUCCCACAAGGCCAACAGUCGCUCGCCCUGCCUGACCUCGGAGUCGAGGUCCCGGUUGUCGGAGCCUACACACACCUUGGAGCCUUGGUCGAUUGUGCCAUGUCCCUCCAAGGCGAGGCGAAAAGGAGGUUGGCCAUAGCUCAAAGUUCCUUCGACGAGGGCAAGAAACUUCUCUAUGCCAACAGCACAAUCCCUCUUGCUACGCGAACAGGAUUGUUUUUGACUGGCUUCCUGGCUACAAUGUUCAACCUGGGCACCUGGGUGCCCGAGGGACAUGCCUGGCAGCGUAUGGCAGGUGGCUUUACCCGCAUCCUCAAGGGACUCCUGACCAAGAUGUUCCCCGGCGAGCUCCUCUACAACGUCGCGGCCCCCGCGGCCUGGUUGGCCGUGGUGCGGACUGAUCUGGAUUGGCUGUUGGCUGGAGCGGAGGACUGUCCACCGGCCAAUGCUUCAGGCUGGCCGGAACUACACGCGCUACUUCGUCACCGCACUGAGUGGAUCAAGCGCCGGGUUCGCCACCAACUCAAGCGGGACUUUGAGGCCUUUUGCGAGGAGCAGUUGGCUAACUUGCAGCUCUGGGCACUCUACCGGCGGCUAUGCGCCUCCCUCCCAGCCACAGCGCUAUGUGAGGAAUGGGUAUGCCGCCCAUGCGGGCGGCGAGUGAGAACGAGAGCGGCGCUUGGCGCCCACUUCUUCAAAACACACGGCAGACAGGCGCAGCACCGGCGCUUUGUCGCAGGCAGCAUUUGCCGCGCAUGUGGUCGCCAAUACUGGACGCAGCAGAAGCUCGCCACGCAUCUUCGUGACCAUCCUGGCUGCGUUGCGACGCUCCAGGCGCAUGGGAUGGGAGCCACCACCGUUGCGCCAGGUCGAGGAAGUCGAGCAUGGCGCAAGGCCACAGACGAUACCUACAGCUUGGCUGUCCCCAAGCAGUGUCAGGCUCCCCUCCCUGAUAUACCUCAGCGUGGAUGGGAGCAAUGUGUCACAGAAGCAUACCAAGACCUCUGCGACGUCCUCCUCGAGUAUGACCUCCCUGCUGACCCGCAGGCGAUCCACGACAAGAUCGCCUGCCAGCUCGGACGUCACCCACUCUUCGCGGAUGAAGAGGACCUGAUCGUCGACUACGUCGAUGGCGAGGUCGCUGCCCUUCGAGAUGCUCGAGCUGACGAACACUGGAGUGACUCGGUGUACAGCGCGCUCCGUAUCGCGCUUCAGGGUUACAAAGACCGGAACCCUCUGCAGGACGACACAACGUCGAGCCGCCCUGCCAGUGACUCUCUGUAUGACUUCAGUCGAAGACUGCAGACAUACGACUGGCAGGAUGCCCUUGCCAGGGCCAGAUGCCCACACGUGACCCCGGAUAAAGCCUUUUUCGAGCUGGACAGCAGGGAAGCUGCUAAAGCCUGUCCCAGCGAAGUGCUUACCGUAGCAGCCGUGGAGGAGAAGUACUGGCCACUGGUGCCAAUGACGUUACAGCAUGCGUGGGAUGCAGCCUUGCAAGGCGCAGAAGUACGCCUGAAGGCACCGCACUUUCCUCAACAUGAGGGAAUCUGUUUGCACAUAAUUAGGCUGCGUACUUACCUCUGA